AUGCUGCAUCAGUGUUCUCUAUCUCCAACACGAAGUGUACUUGCUCGAGUCAAUCCCGUAAACCUCAUUGGCCAAAACCAACCAUUGCGGGUGCUAGACAGCAUUUCACGAUCAAAGUCGCAUACAGUCACCUCUAAAUCAAGGAUAUCUCAGUCAUGGUUUCUUUCUCAUGCUUCCAAUAUUCGGCAUCCUAUGCAUUUAUCUUGUACAAGAACCUUAAGCUCCCAACCGACAAAACCACUAACACCAUCCAAAGCUCGUGAAGCUGCGAGGAAACUCAUUCGACAGGCAACCAAAAUACCUGCUAUUUUAACAAGCCUACGUAUAGUCCGAGAAGAUAUCUACACCAUCCCAAACUUGCUGACACUGGGCCGUCUGGUUCUCUCACCAUACAUUGGAUACCUCAUCGUCACCGAAUCAUACAGCUCAGCACUCGCAUUUCUGGCCCUAGCAUCAGUGUCAGAUUGGGUUGAUGGCUGGUAUGCACGUACCUUCAACGCCAAGACUGUGUUGGGAUCAGCUCUAGAUCCAGCGGCAGACAAGGUCCUCAUGACGAUCUUGACUGUGUCGUUGUCUACUGCUGGAUUACUGCCAGGUCCUCUGGCAGUACUAAUAGUCGGACGAGACGUUGGACUAGUGAUUGGAACAGCAUACUACAGAUAUGCUACACUACCACCACCAAAGACAGCGGCCCGAUAUUUUGAUGUAGCGUUACCGUCAGCUGAAGUUAGGCCUCCUUUUAUUAGCAAGCUAAACACAUUCCUGCAGCUGGUGCUCAUGGGUACAUCUCUAAUGUCACCGCUCUAUGGAUUUGAACAGCAUGUGCUAAUGGAGGGAUUGCGCUGGACAGUUGCCUUGACCACGACAUGGUCGACAUUUGUAUAUAUGUUUGAUCGUAGUACCAUAGUUAAAAUAAUGAAUAAAUCAAAGUAA